CUGCAAACAGUAACAUCACGUCGACAUAGCGGUGUAGGGCUUGAGGAGGAACGCACUCAAUCGCUGUCGCAACCACGGUGUCCGCGCGGGAGCUUCGAGCCGCGCUGCCGCGUUCGCGGUCCAGCAGGACACGGACAUGGAAGGACAGGGUGUGGAGGUGGUUUGCUUCACCGUCAUCGUUGACGACAUAGUUUUGCCCAAUGGAGAGACGGUGAUGGAGGUGCUGGGCGGGGGCGGGCCCCAGACCUUGUUCGGCUACCAGCUGGUCACGGGCCAGACCGCCGCGGUCGGAUUGUCGGCGGGCGUCGGGCCCGACAUGCCGGAGCGCUGCAAGGCCUGGCUCCGCUCCAUCGGCUGCGACGUGUCCGGCCUCAUCGUGCACGACCGCCCCACGCCGCGGGCCUGGCAGGUCUUCGAGGAGUGGGGCCGCCGCACACAGGUCUGGCGCGGCCGUGACGACCCGUGCGACCAGCUGUACGACAUGCUGCGGCCGCGGUACGACACCAUGCCGCCCGCCUUCCAGUGCCGUACGUCCAACUACCACCUGGGGGUGCACCCACUGCACCCGCCCCGCCGCCUGCUGGCGCGGCUGCGGGCGGCGGCGCACGCGGCCGGAGGCGUGCUCUCUGUGGAGCCCUACACGGCGGCUGAGACCCCCGCCUCGCCCUCUGAGGCGGCGGAGCUCCUGGCGCACUGCGACGUGUUCAGCCCCAACGAGGCGGAGGCGGAGUCCAUCGUGGGGCCGGCGGGUAGCCCGGCGGAGCUGGCUCGGCGGCUGCUGGCGCUGUCGCCGGCGGGCGGCGCGGACGUGGUGGUGGUGCGCUGCGGCCCGGCAGGAGUGCUGGCGGCGAGGCGGGCGGCGCCGGGCGGCGGCGUGUCGCAGCAGCAGCUCGACGGACUGGCGGAGGCGGCAGAGGCUGUCAUGGUCCCCGCGGUUGCGGACACGGCAGUUGUGGACGUGACGGGCUGCGGCAACGCCUUCUGUGGCGGCUUCCUCGCGGCUCUGUACCGCGGCGCCGCCGAGGCACAGCGCACCACCGCACCCGCAGCUGCGGGAGCUGGCGGCGACAGCAGCAGCGGCAACGGCGGGGCAGGGGCGGUGGCGAGCAGUGAGGAGAGGGCGCCGGCAUGGCUGGCGCGUGCCGAUCUGGCCGGCGCGGCGGCGUGGGGGUGCGUGGCGGCGUCGUUCAUGGCAGAGGCACGAGGCGUGCCACUCACACCCAUCUCACAGCUGCAGGACCGAGCGCGGCAGCGCUAUGCCGCCCUGCGGCCGCGUGUGCACCCGGUGCGGCUACCGCGCGCCAACACCUCUGCGCGUGUGCACGCCUGUGCCGCAGCCUCCGUCUCCGGCCCCGCCUCCUGCCGCGCCGCGAUUGCGGCCAAGCCCGCACGACAAGCUAGCAUGGCCAGGGCGGCAGCAGCUGUGACAUCGAGCAGCCUGCGGGCUGGAAGGGGCGCUGCUGUGGCGGGUUCGCGGUUGCGGCCUGGUAGCGUGGUGGUGGCUGCGGCGCGACGGUAAGCGCCGGUGGCGCUUGUGGGCCGCGUGUUGUAAUUGAUGGAGGAGAGCAUGUGUUGAGAGAGUGUGUGUUUAGAGGGCAUGUGUUGGAGAGGUUGUGUUAAAAACGCAUACGGCGAGGCUGGCGACGCCGUGAGUGCAAGCAUUUGCACGCAAGCUCGUAGCAUUGUGUGCGGUGUUGGAUACAAUGCAUUUAAUUCAUGCAUCAGAGGGCGGGCGCAUAGUAGAGCGAGGUGAGGCUGGGGCGAGAAUGCGUGCAUUUUUACGCCAGGCCGGGAGAGUCAAGUAAAUUGACUGCGGUGGCAGACAGAGGAGAUGUGUAC